UAACUGUUGGAAUUUUCUUUUUUCAAUACAUACAUAAAUAAUAAACUCCGUAUUUUGGCUCCUGCAGUUCUUUUGCAAGAUAGGCGACGUUUUCGCUGGUGGGUCGCACAAAAGCUAUGCACUUCAGGUGCUUCAUUUGUUCCUGGUUGCUGGCUACGUCGAUUCGCUCGAACAGGAAAACUUCCUUUUGUAGAAUUUCUGACUGACUGUAUGCCAUGCUCACAAUGCCAGUCUAAAUUUAAAUUUUUUUUAAAUAAAUCUUUAUUUAUAUAGGUGCAGAAACAAUAAUAAUAUAAUUACAGUGUCUUUGUCCAUCAAGAGUAACUUCAUGCCUGGACCAGACUCCUCGCACAUCUUUGCGAUGUACAAACGGACCGCUUGUAAAACGUUCAUGGUUAUUUUAUCUCAACCUUCAAAAUCUGAUGGAAACAAACAAAAUCUAUGUAAAAUUUUGCCCUGUGUCUUUGAGUUCCACGCCCACCGCCCACCAACAACCACACCCCUCUAAAAAAUGUGAAUGUUGUGGAUUUUGGAAAGGAGCUGCAAAGAUGAACUCGUAUCGGUGCUCUCAUUGGAGUAUGGAUUUGAAUUCCAGGUAAUCAAAAAUGGCUGCCAAAACUCCUUUGUUUAACCCAGAUAAUUUACUCCACCAACGAGAAACGAGAGAAAAAGAAAUAAUAAUUUUUAAGUCGCAACUCGCAACAGCGUUUUACGAGUCACCAACCACGAGCGAGUUUGUGAAAUAUGGCUUAGUUUGCGAAUAGUUUUGCUUUUUGUAAGAAAAGUGCUGAGAUUCGAGUUUUUGGCUCCGAUAUGGGUAUUUUGGAUGUUUGAUGAGAGAACUGAAGUUGAUGAUGGCCGAGGCAAUCUCGGACGGCGACUUGGGUGCGGACAGCGCUGAGGAGGGCGAAAUUCGCGACUCGGACGAAGAGAAAGCGUUGAGAAAGAGCGAGCCUGAGCAACGAAGGGUUCGACCAACGCGGUCACCACCGCGUUCGACACAUCGCAGCAGAGUGGACAAACGGCGGCCAAAGGCACCACCACCUCCGCCUAGACGUCGCAAAAGACGACGAGAGGAAGAGAAAGAAGAUGACGAAGACGACGUUGAUGCUCAAAUUGCCAAGACGCGUCGCCGUCGGCAACUUGUUGAGGCCACUCUGCCUCUGCACGUGGAAAAGCAGCCUGACGUUCCUGCAGAAGACGAGAUUGAAGAGGUUCCAGUGCCUCCAAAAACCUUUGAAUUAGUACAAAUAGAUGAUGAGGACGCUCUUCCACCAGUUACCAAUGGGGGGAGGGUGGAGGAGGACAACGAGAGGGAGAACGAGCUUCUUCAGCUAAGACUUGUUGCCCUGAAAAGCAGCCUGGAGGCAAAGUGGGGCCACAAGAAGCGGGCCAGCCGGAUCGACGAGCCCUACAGUCCCACUGGGCCUCUGGAGCCCGUGGAGGGUGUUGAAGAACUUGAUUCGCCCGCUCCUAGUCCUCCUCAGAGUCCCUCUUCACUCUCCGGCCGCGAGUCUGAGGAGGAUGAAGAGACUCUUCGACUGACGCUGCUUCAGCAGAUAAAUAAAAAUUCUGCGGAAGCUUCGGAGGACAAAGAAAACGACGAUUGCCAUGUCGAGAGUUCAAAUGUCGAGGGCGCCACAAUGGGCCCUCCACUUCCUAAGUCUGACAAUUCCAUUUCUCAAGGUGCUGUGAAUAACUCGAGCAACACUCCAAAUGGUGGAAGGUUCAUAAUAUCCAUAGGUCCAGAUUCGAGUGACUCUGAGUCUGAAAGUGAUAGAGAUUCGGCUCAAACUUCGGGGUCAGAUAUAGACGAGAUGUUGAAAAAGUUGAGACAAACUGUAGAGCAGCCUAAGACUAAAGCAACGCCCUCGCCAAGAAGUCGCACAAACGGAAAUCUUAGGAAGUCGCCUGCCAGGCAAAUGACUCCCAUAACCAAAAAUAAUCCAUUAUCUGCGCUUCCGAAGAGUCGCCAGGCAGAGUACUUGAGGUUGAAGGCGUUGCUGAAGAAAAAGGAAGAGUUGCGACGGCAGCGAAUACAAAAAGCAGCAGACAAAAAGGAGGCGGCCAAAAAUGAGCCAAGUUUGCCCUCCUUGAGUGCCCUGAGCCAGGCUCUUCCCCUGCUCUCCGAAGAGCAAAGAUUUGCAAGUCUGCAAACUUUGGAAGCCGACUACGAAAGCCAACGAGAGCGGAGUAAAGAGCAAAAUGAGCGUCUGGCUGCUAUGGUUGAGCGGCUGGACAGCAACAAAAGUGCGCAGCAGGAGGCGACGGCGGAGGCCGAGGCAGCUGAGACUCAGCAGCGGGAGCAGGAGGCCAGAAUUGCCCUCCUGCGCCGCCAGCUGGCCGAGGCUGAGGCGGCCGCCGCGGCCACUGCUGAACAGAUCAACGCGGUCUCUGCUAAACAGAAGCAGCUCAAGCUCGAGGAGGCGGCGCUGGAGGCAUCGGUGGGUGCUGCCCGCGUGGAGGCGGCGCGCCUCAGGGCGGGCUGCGCCCUGCUGCGCGAGGCGUGUGCCCAGGCGCGCGGGGACAACGAAGUGAGGGUGCUGGAGCAGCAGCUGGACGUGCUGGGCGCCAUGACCAGCGGCCCCCUGUCCUACCAAAGUCCCCUCGACCACAUCAGGCACGCCUUCCCUCCUUCCCCAUCCCCUAAUAACAAUCAGUCACCCUUCGAUUUCAGGGUCGCUUCUGCGGGCGCCCUCGACCCUCACCGAGAGGUGUGUCCGGACUUCCUCAGCGGCACCUGUUCCCGCGGCAACUUCUGCGCUUUGCAGCAUCCUUGAGAGAAAAAGAGUAAGUAUGCUCAGUCCUUUUCCAGGUCAAUAUAUUUCAGUGCCUUCCUGCUCAAGCCUUCGAUAUAUUGUGUAACGACGAGAAUUCAUUUUGUAUUACUUUUUAAUGUCAUUUUGUGCUAAAUAAUGUGAUGCCAAAUAAAGACAAGCCAGAGAUAUAGUU